AAAAGAAGAAAAAUUAUGUGGGAAAGGCCAAUACUACCUGCAAGCCUGCGACCCAUGUUCUGAAUCUCUAUUUAUUUCAAGCCAUAACAGCUACUCUGGGCUAUCUCUAGAGCGAAUGGCGAACACCAUGAGAAUAGCCGUGGAGGAGUUGUUUGUGGUUUUUUUCAUGGCAAAUGUGCUUAUGUUCUGUGUUUCUUUUGCAACUGGAAAGCAGAAUAUGUCGGCAGUUGGAGACCCAGGAAUGGCGAGAGAUGGGCUGAGAGUAGCAUUGGAAGCUUGGAACUUCUGCAAUGAAGUUGGCAGUGAAGCUCCUGGCAUGGGGAGCCCAAGAGCUGCUGAUUGUUUCGAUCUCUCAAGUUCUUCUCUGAAUCACAUGGUGACAGAAGCUGAUAACAAGCUAGGGGUGGGAAAGCAAUUUCCUGGGUUGAGCCCUGGAGCUCUGAACAACCCGGACCUUUAUGCAGCACAGAAGGAGCUGUAUCUUGGUUCUUUAUGUGAAGUUGCAGACACCCCAAAGCCAUGGCAAUUUUGGAUGAUUAUGCUGAAAAAUGGCAACUAUGACACCAAGUCUGGUCUGUGUCCCUGGAAUGGGAAAAAGGUACCUCCUUUUGGUACAGGAAAUUUCCCUUGCUUUGGACGUGGGUGUAUGAAUCAACCCCUCUUGUAUCAUCAACAAACAUAUUUAUCAGGGGAUGGUACAAUGAGAGGAAGUUUUAAUGGAACUUAUGAUUUGGGUUCUGAUAUUGGGGGUGGGCUCAAUGGCAUCUCUUUCUUUGAGGUUGUUUGGGAGAAAACAGUUGGUGUUGGAAGUUGGGUAUUUAAUCAUAAGCUCAAAACUUCAAAGAAGUAUCCCUGGCUGAUGCUGUACCUCAGGGCUGAUGCAACCAAAGGCUUCUCUGGAGGGUAUCAUUAUGACACAAGAGGAAUGCUCAAAAUUCUUCCAGAGUCACCUAAUUUCAAGGUCAGAGUGUCUUUGGAUGUAAAGCAAGGGGGAGGGCCCAAGAGCCAAUUCUACCUUAUAGAUAUUGGCAGUUGCUGGAAGCACAAUGGUGAGCCCUGUGAUGGCGACGUGGUCACAGAUGUAACCAGAUACUCUGAGAUGAUCAUAAACCCUGCAACUCCUGCAUGGUGUAGCCCCAAGGGCCUGCAGAACUGCCCUCCAUACCAUAUCACUCCAAACAACACAAAGAUUCACAGGAACGACACAGCCAAUUUUCCAUACUCAGCUUAUCACUACUACUGUGUUCCUGAGACUGCCCAGUAUGCAGAGAAACCUUUCAGCACUUGUGAUCCUUACAGCAAUCCACAGGCACAAGAGUUGGUUCAGUUGCUGCCUCACCCCAUAUGGGCAGAGUAUGGCUAUCCCACCAAACAAGGGGAUGGUUGGGUUGGGGAUGCCAGGACUUGGGAGCUUGAUGUGGGUGGGCUUUCCAGUAGGCUCUACUUCUAUCAGGAUCCAGGAACCUCUCCUGCUAGGAGAAUAUGGACAUCCAUUGAUAUGGGGACCGAAAUUUUUGUUACUGACAAAGAAGAAGUUGCGGAGUGGACUCUCAGUGAUUUUGACGUUAUCCUCACAUCUCCAAAUCCAUAAAUCAAGUUUCCUGAUAUUUUUUUUUUCCUUUUUCCCAUUGAUGUUUUACUUAUUCUUUCUCUCAAGUUAAACAAGAGGAAGAAAAUGCCUUCUGUGAUUCCCACAGAUACAAACCUUGGGAUGGGGAAGCUGAACAGGCCAAAAAGGGCAGGGCUUCAUCAUCCAUGAGGCUUACAUGUAACAAUAUCAGUUCAAAGAAUCCAAAGGAAUGGAUUUUUAGCUUUGAUCCCAAACUCAA